AUGUCUACUUUUGGAUUGGAAAAUCAUGAGUGGUUAAAAGACAUGUACGAUCUUCGAUUUGAUUGGAUUCCUGCUUAUUACCAUGGAGAGGAUUUGGCUGGGCUUAUGCGUACUACGUCAAGAUGUGAAAGCGAGAAUUACUUCUUUGGUCAGAUUUGCAAUCCAAGAUGUACACUUGUUGAAUUUUUCACUCAUUUUGAGACUGCAAUGGAUAUUCAAAGGCAUGAGCAUAGGAGGAAUGAUCAUGAUACAAGGUAUAUUGAGUGUAAACCGUGGAAUGACUUUGUAUUGGAGAAACAAGCAUCAGAAAUAUACACCCAAACAAUUUUUAAGGAUAUUCAAAUUGAAAUUGAUGCUGCUAUUACAAAGUGUAUGUCAAAGUCUGUUGAUACUGUGGGUGAUGUUCAAUAUUUUGAAAUAAAGGAUUUCAGACAGCCAUGCACAUCUUUUUUCAAGGUGCAAUACAGCAAAGAAGAAGAUGGUUUAAGUAUAAAUUGUUCUUGCAAACGGUUUGAACAAUUUGGUAUAUUGUGCCGCCAUAUAUUUUACGUAUUACGGUAUGAGGAUAUUAGUGAGUUUCCUAGAAGAUAUGUUCAUAGAAGAUGGACGAGAGAUGUCGUUUCAAUGGGAUCAAAUCAUUCCAAUAUUCGAUUUGAUGAAAUUGGUAGGAAUAGUGAGAUUGAUAAAGUUUAUAGAGAGAUUGUUGUUGCAAAUGAGUACGUGGUUAAUAGGCUGGUUGGCGAUUUAGAUGAACUGUGUCGUUACAGACUUACAGGGAUCAUAUUAAAAGUUAUAUUGAUAAAGCGGAUGAGGUUAUGGUUGUUGCGCCGCCUCCUACUUGCAAAGAAAGAUUUGCUGAUAUUGGAGGGAACAUAG